AUGGAUAUUGAUUCAAACAAUAAUUCAUUAAAUGGGAGUGAGGAAGUUGAAGAACGGGAUAACAAUCUUUAUAUUAACGAAAAUGGUGAAGUCGAAGAACCUAAGAAGGGGAUGUAUUUUAGCUCAAAACAAGAAGUGUACGCAUUUUAUGCAAAAUAUGCAAAGCACUGUGGAUUUGCUAUAACUUUUAGAUCACAAAAUCUAACAAGUGAUGGGGAAGUGAAGUAUUUUGGAAUUGAAUGUACUCGGGCGAGGUUUAGAACAAAAAGAUCAGAAAUAAAUCCCUUGGAACCAUCUUUGUCAUCAAAAAUUGAUUGUAAAGCAAGGGUCAGAGCUAGUCUACAAGACGAUGGCAGAUAUAAGUUAACCACAGUUGUGCUUGAGCACACUCAUGAUUUGAAUCCUACUGACUCACGGCAUUUUACAAUGAAUAAGAGGAUUCUUACUCCGGUGAAAAGAAGACUAGAAGUGAACGAUACAGUAGGGAUUGCGGUGGCGAGGAAUUUUCAUUCAAUGGUUGUUGAAGCAGGGGGAUAUGAGGCAUUAACGUUUGAUGAACGAGAUGCAAGGAAUUAUAUUAAGAAUGCUAGAAGAUUGAGACUUGGGCUAGGAGAUGCCGAAUCAGUUACACUUUAUUUCUAUAAAAUGUAA